GGAGGGAGGGAGGGAAACUCCGGAGCAGACAAAGGGGGGGAGCCGAGCCGGGAACAUCCGGGUCACUCGCUGCCGCCUCAAUCCGGGCCACGCGCGGCUGCUGAUCACGCGGGACUCUGAAUAUGUCUGGCAUAGCUCUUAGCAGACUUGCACAGGAGAGAAAAGCCUGGAGAAAAGAUCAUCCAUUUGGAUUUGUAGCAGUACCUACAAAAAAUCCAGAUGGCACAAUGAAUCUAAUGAACUGGGAGUGUGCUAUUCCGGGAAAGAAAGGGACACCAUGGGAAGGAGGCUUAUUUAAACUACGGAUGCUUUUCAAGGAUGAUUACCCUUCUUCACCCCCAAAAUGUAAAUUUGAACCACCAUUAUUCCAUCCAAACGUGUAUCCUUCAGGCACAGUGUGUCUCUCCAUCCUAGAGGAGGAUAAGGACUGGAGGCCAGCAAUCACAAUUAAACAGAUCUUGUUAGGAAUACAAGAACUUCUAAAUGAACCAAAUAUUCAAGACCCAGCUCAAGCAGAGGCUUACACAAUUUACUGCCAAAACAGAGUGGAAUAUGAAAAGAGGGUUCGAGCACAAGCCAAGAAGUUUGCACCAUCAUAAGCAUCUGUCAUGCAGCAUCUUAAAAAGGAAGGGAUUGGUUUGGCAAGAACUUGUUUACAAAACUUUUGCAAAAUCUAAUGUUGCUAUGUACAAUUAAUAUCCACUUAGGGGAGGGGGUUGUAUGUGUGCCAUUUUCCAUAUUCGCCACUUGUAUACAGUUCUAAAUUUGCUGAAUUGCCCCCAGUUUUUUCAUACAGGGUCUCUUCCUUCAGUCUUUUGUAUUUUUGAUUGUUAUGUAAAACUUGCUUUUAUUUUAAUAUUGAUGUCAGUAUUUCAACUGCUGUAAAAUUAUAAACUUUUAUACUUCUAUAAAUUCACUAGUAUCUCUAGUUACUUUGCUAUCUGAUGCAGGCAUGCUUUAAAAUGUUAGAACUAUAUUUAGCCUCUAGCUGGCUGUAUGAAAAAAAAUCAUGCCCUCCACCCCCUUCCCUCCCUGAAUUUGUUUUUCUAUCUUUCAGAAACUAGGUUGUAAUUGCUUAAAAGCCUCUGAGAUCCAAAGUCAGCCAGCAUCCUUAUUCUGCAUCACUUCCUUUGUGUUUAUAUGGCGUUCUGUCUGUGUUGCUGUUUAGAGUAAAUAAACUGUUUAUAUAAA